AAUGAAGGCGGCAGUAAAAUCAGAAAGCAUUAUAAAACUACAUGUGUACAGAUCUUAGUGGUUCCAUAGCAUCGCCAGAUGUUAAACUAAAUCUAGGAGGUGGAGGAGGAGAGUUCAUCAAAGAAUCUUCUGCAACUACAUUCCUGAGACAAAGAGGGUAUGGCUGGCUUCUGGAAGUAGAAGAUGAUGACCCAGAAGAUAACAAGCCACUUCUGGAGGAACUAGACAUUGAUCUGAAAGAUAUUUACUACAAAAUUCGAUGUGUGCUGAUGCCUAUGCCAUCACUUGGGUUUAAUAGACAAGUAGUGAGAGACAAUCCUGAUUUUUGGGGUCCUCUGGCAGUUGUUCUCUUCUUCUCUAUGAUUUCAUUAUAUGGACAAUUCAAGGUGGUUUCUUGGAUUAUAACUAUUUGGAUAUUUGGAUCCUUGACAAUUUUUUUAUUGGCCAGGGUUCUUGGAGGAGAAGUUGCAUAUGGCCAAGUUCUUGGUGUGAUAGGAUAUUCUCUACUUCCACUCAUUGUAAUAGCACCUGUCCUUCUGGUUGUUGGAUCGUUUGAGGUUGUAUCUACACUAAUAAAACUGUUCGGAGUCUUUUGGGCUGCAUACAGUGCUGCUUCAUUGCUGGUUGGAGAAGAAUUUAAGACCAAGAAACCCCUUCUGAUUUACCCAAUUUUUUUGUUGUAUAUCUAUUUCUUGUCCUUAUAUACUGGGGUGUGAUAUAGUGUUGGAUGUAGUCAGAAAUAAUACUUCAUACACAUGCAGACUGGUAAGGCAUAAGAUUAAAAUGGUUGCAGAAAAUAACAAGCAGCUGUGCUCUAUCCAGUUGUCAGGAGGUUUUGAGAUCUAAACCAUGUGUGUAUAUUAUUUAAUUCAGCAACUGUAGCUAUAUAGAUUUGUAUCAAAGUUUUAGGUUUGUUUAAGACUCUCCAGAUUUUAAUGAACAAAAUAUAAGAAUCUUGUGUUUUAUAAAAUUGUGUAGCAAAAAUACAUCUUGACACCUGUGCCAAAAAUACCAGAUGACCAUGUUAUAUUGAAAGGGUGUGAAAAAAUAUUAGUCUCAAAGUGCAAUUUUUCUUUUUGGUUAAAUACAGCUGGAUUUUUUUGGCACAGCAAAUUCUGUAGAUAUCUAUUUAUGAACCAGUCCUAAUUGUUCACAAAACAGUCUGUAUAAAUUGAGAUAUUCAAAUAUUAUUUUAAUUUAGUGCCUCAUAUCUUUGAUUUGGCUAUUGAGUUUUAUAAAUUCUAAUUUUUUUAAAAAAACUGUACAUAAUACAUAUUUUGUAUCUACUCCUUGUGCACAUCAUCGGUACUCCUUGGUUGAGGGUGUACACUGGGUUUAAACACUUGAACACUCAACUAUUUGAGAAGGAGCAAGUAGUAUAGUGUGACACCAACUCAUUAAAUUGCUUAUUUGCAGAAUCAGUACACUUUAUUUUAUACUUAACAAUGAGAAUUUAAGUCACACAGAAACAACUUUGUCAACUGAAGCAUUGGAGUAGUAAUAUGGGAGAAGGAAGAUGAUCUUUCAAAUUUUUGUGAUCUUGAGAAAUGUUUUGCAAUGACAAAAUAAACAGGAUGCAUCCUUUACCUUGUUUUAUAAAGCCUUGUUCUGUUUUGCUUUCAGAAGCACAUUGUUUAACAGGUCUUUCCCCCCACCAAAUAUACCAAUCAUGUAUAAAGUAAAAUGUUUAGUUGUUGAUUUUUUUUUUGUUUGUUUUUUUUUUAAGGCCUGAUUCUGCCUCUGAGUAGAUGAGGCAGAAUCACAGUCAUAAUAAGUAACACAUUUUGAUUAUCAAAAGAUUAUGUAAUAACAUUAUGACUUAUUAAAUAUUUACCUGUGUAUGUUGUAUAAAUGGUUUCUAUAGUUGUCCUUGUUGACAGUAUUCAUGUAAAAUGAGUCUUCACAAAUAGCAAGUCUGUUGAAGCUAACUUCGCAUGAUGCCAGCUUUCUCGAAGCAAAGUUGUUUGUAAUCUUUAGUAUCUAACCCUUGCAGAUAUUGGUAAGUUGUGUCUAAGUUGCAAAAACAUCUUUUUGGGAACCCUUUUUAAAAAAGAGGUAACUUCAGGCAUCUUCAUUCUGAUGUAUUACAUGCAAAAAUAUCAAGUGCUAGGUAAUAUGAAGGGCUCUUAGCUCCCACACUAUACAAGCUUUUGUAUGUGAGUUUGUUCUGCAUAUAUUAGACAGUUAUGUCUGUCUGCAUAACUUGGAACUUUAUUAAAUGAUAUAAUUUCCUACUUGAUAAUGGAAUUAUUGAUUAAAAAUUUGAACUUUAAAAACUCUCAGUCAAGGGAAACUAAUUAAGUCACUGCUUAGGAUCCUGGAGACUAGACUAAAUUAUUUCAGGGUAGUACUGGACAAAUGCUAUGAUAGCAAAUCCUAACUUUGCUAGGAUAGGUCUCACAAUACACUUAAAAAGUAGGAUAAUUGUAGUACAAUAACUUUUAAACUAUGUUUUAAUGUAAUUGUUGGCAGAAUUGGAAAUAAAAAAUUUUGUAGUUCAACAAAUAGGUGUUCUAAAAGUAACUGCAGCUUAUUGAAGCCGUAUAGACAUCUACUGAUGUAUUUUCUAGCUACUUUAUUUCACAAUCUUUUAUAGUAAAUGCAGUUCAUAUUCCCAGUGGUUUUGAGAGUAUUUGUGCCCUGUUAAAGUGGUAUAUGUGCACUAGCAGCACAACUGUAUUUUGACUUUAUCCAGAACCAUGUUUGAUUGAUGUGGUCUUUUAUCUUUACAAUUUUAGGGCUAUAUUUUCAUCUUUAAUAGGGAGAUCCAAUUACAACUUUAAACUUUUAAGUAAUCAAGAUAUUUGUGAAUAAUUACAAUUAAAUACAUAAAACACUAGGAGUUAGCAUGCUUAGGAGUUGGUGAUCAUUGUGUUAUUUACAUACCCGGUUCCUUUUCAUGUCGGCUUAACAUUUCUCUAAGUAUUUUGUUUUAUGCUAUUAUCUUCUAGUUGCUGUUUUAACUAUUCCUUUCUGCAAACAUAGUAUCUGUAUAUACAAUAUGUAAUGUAGAUAUAUAUGCAUUAGACAUAGUAAAUAUUUUAUACACAAUUGCAGAUUUGCACCUUUUACCUAAAAAAAUGUUUACUUUCACAUUUUGCAUAUAUUAUGCAAGGAAUCUGUACUUAAACACUUCUCAAAUGGCGCCCAAUAGUUUGUUAUAACUCGUAUUUUUAGAUCAGGUAUGUAUGUAAAUACAGCGUAAGAUGUAUUUUAUAAAGAUUUUGAAUUAAACUUGUUUACGUAAUGUAAAAAGC